GGCGCUAUAUUCCGUCUCUCACACAUAGGAAAAAAAAAUAAUGGUGGAUGUGAAGCCAGCGAUGUAAUGAGCGUCGUCAAAAUAAGUUAAAACACCGUGAUAAAUAUAAGUUCUGCUGGUCGAGGAGUAUCUUGCAAAUCAUCAACUUAUUUACGACUGAAUUUAACGUCGUAUUUAUCAGACACAGGGAAAAUGCGCCGCAAAAGCGAACGCAACAAGGGCAAGUCAUCCCCGGAGAAGAAACCAGAGAAGCCAACUCGCAAAUCGACCCGAAGACGUGCAAAAAAAUCUCCAUCGACAUCACCAGAGCGUUCAAACAGCGGCGAUGGUGAUGGUCUGAUACCGGAUAAGGAGUCGAGCGUAAAUUACAAGAUUCAAACUCGCAUGUCAAGCAAAGAGAUACCCCCAGAAACGCUCGUGGAAGAGCCAGAGUCAAAAGUGUCUUCAACCGAUCAAUUGACAGGUGAUGUGGAUGUGGAGGGCGGCUCGGUGUGGAAAGUGGCAAGGGCAGACGCAUCCCCCGGAGAAAUUCAAAAAUUAAAGCUGUGCAGACAGCGCAAUUUGUCAGAGACAUCAGACGUAUCAUUAACGAGAAAACGAAUGAACAAAUGGCAUGAGGGUGAGGGUAUCGCUGAGGAGGCUGACUCUGCUGACGAAAGACCAGCUACGUCCAAUGACAAGACGUAUUCUGGUAAUAUCGCAUUGGCUGAUGAUACCUCCUCGACGACUCUUGAGAGGGAAUCUGGCGAAGAGGUAAGUGAUAGCAAGGAGAUCCCGCCUGAACCUACACUCGACUUGUCUGACGUAAAACCAAACAUAGAUCAAGGACAUGCUGAAGCUGAAGCUGAAGCUGAAGCUCAACCCCAACUACAACCAGAAGCUGAAACCUCUGAAGGAAUUCACGAGGAUCAAGAGCGUUGUCAGAUUCAUGGUGAUGUUGACGUUGAAAAGAAUGUCGAAAUUCCAGAACAGCAACAGUCACAUGAACAGGAUCAGGAACAGGAACGGGAGCGGGAGCAGGAGCGGGAGCUGGAGCAGGAGCAGAAACAGGAGCAGGAACAAGAGCAGGAACAGAAACAGGAAAAAGUACAAGAACAGGAACUACAAGUAAAGGAAGCCAAGAAAUUGGAGGAUGAAUCGAGGACAUCAGAGAAACAAGAAGAGACAGUGGAUAAUGACUCCGAUGUUAAAGAGAAGUGUGAUGAUGUCAAAGAGGAUGAACAGGGGCGUCUGGAAAAUUCUCGUCAGGACGUUGAUGUUAAUCAAGUAAUUGAUUCUAUUCAGGGAGUCGAUAAAAAUCACAGUGAUGAUGAUAAAUGUCAGUUCAAGGAUUCAGGACGGCGAAACUCGGAAAAUUCUAAUGACGAGAGUGAGAGACCCUCGAGGACACGUUCUAGUAGGAGAAAGCAUCGUGAUAAGUAUCGGGAUUCUUCGAAUUCUGAUUCAGGGGAGUCUGAGGAGGAGCAUCAACAGACCAGUCCUAAAAUCAAAAGUCCGAAGAUUGAGGUGGCUGAUGGCGAGGAUAAGGAAGAGUCACAUCGUGAGGAAAGUGUCGAGGAGAACAGAGGAAAGACAGAGGUAUCUGUGGAUGAGGGUAAACAGAACGAGACUGUUUCUUCUGCUGUGGAGAAUAAUAAUAGUCCUGUGAGAGAGGAGAAAGAGGCUAAUGUUGCCAGGCCAGCUAAAGUCAAUUUGAAAAGAUCUUUUACGUCAAGGAUAUCAAUAGAUGAAUGCAAGAAAGAUGAUGCUGGUUCCACGAAUGAUACCAGUCAGGAUAAAGAAAAUCACUCUGUCGAUGAGCCCAAAAGCAUUCCAAAGAGACGUCGUUGGGGUACAGCACUGAGUACAGAUAUGGCACCUGUAUUGUCUAUUUCAACGGAUUCUCUCAAGGCUUUAGUACCCGGUGCAAAACCCCUAUCAAUAAACGAGGUUCGUUUAUCAAAGGAUGAUGAGGAGGAUCGGGAUCGUGGUCGUAAGGAUAAACGUCAGGUGAUGAACGAUGGGGAUACAUUGAAGGCGAACAGCGAGAUUAAAAAUGAUAUUUCAAAAGAUAAUCAUAUAGGAGUACGAAGAAAAAUAUCAAUCGUAAAAGAUGCACCACAGUUACUUUCUCCAAGUCCACCAGUUGUCCAACCCACCAGCAACAUUUUGCUAAUUAAAAAUUUAGUUCGUCCAUUCACUCUCAAUCAAAUAAAGGAACUCUUGUCACGUACAGGAACUAUCGUUGAGAAUGGAUUCUGGAUGGAUAGGAUUAAAUCUAAAUGUUUUGUAGAGUAUGCCAAUGAGGAUCAGGCAUUCGAGACACGACAGGCCCUCCAUGGCAUAUCGUGGCCAACGUCUAAUCCUAAAAAACUUCAAGUUGAAUACUCGGUGAAAGAGGAAAUGGAUAAGGCUAAGGAAUCUUCGAAGGAUCAGCCCCUCUCACGUAAAUUGGAGACAUCUUCAGGGACAGAUUCAUGGCAACAGGACUGGGGACGUGAGGGUAAAUCGAAUGCCGCUGCAACAAAGGUAACUGUGGUGAGAGAAUGGGAUUUAGGUAAAGAGGAUGGUCAACAUCUCUUGCUGAAGGACAAGGAGAAGGAGAAAAAAGAUACGGAUAAGAAGAGACGACAGCGGAGUCGCAGUCCAACACUGGAGGCACAUCUUCCAGCACCAGCGAGGAAAUUCAAGAAGAAAGAGGAUGAACCUCCACCAGCUAAACUUCUCGAUGAUCUUUUCAGAAAAACUAAAGCUACACCCUGCAUAUACUGGCUACCACUCACUAAUGAACAGAUUGUCGUAAAGGAGGAGAUGCGACGACAACACAUGGCCGAGCACGCAAGACGGCUUGAAGAAAUGAGACGUGCUGAGAGAAAUCGUGAUGGUCGUCGUCGACGAAGUCCCAGAAAAUAAAUAAACCUAAAUCCUUCAUUUUUAUUUCUACAGUUUGUCCUUUAUUCGUUUUGUCUGAACUCAAAGAUUACCUCCUAAUCUCUCUGGACGUUAUUAAUUCCCCUGACAAUAUUUAAUUUACUUCACACACGCCUUUCAUUUUCAUUAGUCAGUUGUACAAAACCAAUUUUUUCUUCUAAUUAAUUGAAGCAGUCAAGCGUUUUGUUAGGAGUUCUUUCAUUCGAUUCGAAAUUCAACGCAGGUUGAAAGAUUAUUGAAAUAAAUUACUUUCCUUUCCUACUAACUAGUCCUGACGAUGGAAAAUAAUUCCAAGUUUUUUUUUUUUCAACAAGAAGAAAAAGAUAAAAAAUGAGAUAUCGAGGAUUAUUUCUUGUAUAAACCCAAUAAUAAAAAUCCUGGCUUAUCACCCAUUCUAUCAUUAUCCUGACUCAUCGUAUUCAACGCAUUAAAAAAUCCUUCUUGCAGGUCUUCAGUCAACAAAUGCCAUUCAAAUUGAUGAAUCGGUAUCACCGGUCAGCUGAUAAUGAAUUUACAAUGGAUUGUAGUGUGCACACAACGUGGGAUUAUUAGUGUAGAUAUAACGAUUUGAGAAUUGAAAUGACCAGAAAAUGUACCGGAAAAUGUCUGGGUGAGACAAAGGAGAUGUUAUACAUUUUUAAAUUUGGGUUAACGCCAUUAUCUACGAUAAUAAAAAAUCAAUUAGUUAAGAGAUAGCACGAUAUGAAAGUCGAUGUGUGAUGUAUAAUAACUAUUGAGGAGCAAUAUGUGAAAAAAUUUGUGCUGAGGAACAUGAGAUGAGGAAAACAUAUAUUAUUGAUGUAUUGUUUCAUUUUUAUAAUGACGACGGUAAUGAGCUAGAUUAUCUGUCCUACGGAUUGAAUAUAAACAAGUGUACAGACAAGUGGAACCUUUCGUAUGAAAAAUGCAUCAUGAUAAAAUGAUUGAUUAGUAUUUCGGUUGUGCGAAAUAUAUACACAUUCAUUUCACUGUGCAGAUUAAAUAAUGAAAUCUCCUUGCACUUAUAGUUCAUAUUCCUCUAUGUCUAAAAGUAUCAAAGCAGAAACAAUAAAUACAAUACUGGAAAAUACUUGAAUCAAUUAUUUCUCCUUUUUUUUCCCAAUGUUUGAUUAUUAUUUUUAAUUGAACGCCACGUCUAACUUAUCAAAUAGCUUUUUAUUUAUAUUAUUCACACUCUUAUUCCUACCACAAUACAGUGGUUAUUUGUUUCAUUAAUUUACAAAAGUCGACCAACUAUUGAAUGUGCAUUAUCAUAAUAUAUAGUGUUUUUGUUUUGCUAAAAGUAGGGCAAACGUUUCAAUGUCACGAACAGGUGUAUUUGAAAAAUAAACACAAUACGAGGAAAUAAUGGAAACCUUGUUUUGGUGAUGUAUAGAAUGGGGUGGAUACUUGAAUUAAUGGCCAAUUUGUACAUAUUUAUUUGUUUUGAGUGGAACUGAGAGAUCAUUCGACAUUCACCAGCGUUUAUUUUCUGUUCAUUUUGUGAGAGAAAGGGAAUUUAAGUUGAGGCCUAUUAUUAUUAAUUGAAAAUUAUCGUGAUGUAAUCAUCGCAUUCACUGAAUCGAGACGGUAGAUUGUAUUUUAAUCUUGAAAAUAUUGAUUAAAAUGUCAUCUCAAUGCUGAA